AUGAAAAAUCGAUUACGCGAUAUGCUAAUUGGAGAAAGUGCUGGAAGGAAAGAUAUCAUUAAGGACAUAUAUUUUGAUGAUGACGUACCGGUAUUUGUCGCCGCACCAAUGGUACGAUACUCAAAAUUGCCUUUUCGAAUGUUAGUUCGACUUUAUGCAGCGGAUGUUGCGUUUACACCCAUGAUUUAUGCGAAACACUUCAUUGCUUCGGAACAGUGUCGAUCAGCAGAAUUCACUUCUUGUCCAGGUGACAGUCCAACCAUUGUACAGUUUGCAACCAACGAAUCAGUGGAGUUUUCCACAGCAGCUAUGUUUGUAAGCAGAUAUUGUCGGGGUGUUGAUCUGAACUGUGGUUGUCCACAGUUAGAAGUUAUGAAAGAAGGAUAUGGUUCAAGUUUAUUGGCAGAUCCAACUCAAAUUGCUGAUAUCGUUGCUACAACACGUCGGCGAAUUUCAAAACCAGAUUUUACUGUUUCCAUCAAAAUUCGACUAAAAUCGAAUCGCCAGUUAACUUUAGAAACGUGUCGUCAAGCAGAAAGAGCUGGUGUUUCAUUUAUAACAGUGCAUGGACGGACACCUGAACAGCGAUCAGAACCUGCAGACUAUGAUAUGAUCAAAUUGAUCAAAUCAAGCAUAUCUGUUCCUGUAAUUGCUAAUGGAAAUAUUAAAAACUAUGAACAAGCAAUUCAAGUCGCGAAAUAUACGGGAGUUGAUGGUAUCAUGUCAGCAGAUGGUUUAUUAGAAAAUCCAGCUAUGUUUGCGGGUUAUACUUCUACCCCGAAGCAAUGUGUUGCGGAUUGGGUGCGUUUGGCAACGGAACAUGGUUGUACAUUUGAUUUGUUUCAUCGGCAGUUGAUGUUCAUGCUUCGAUCUUCUCUCACCAGUAGGCAAAGGACGAUAUUCAAUGGACUAAGUGAUUCAACAUUAUUUUAUUUACAUUCAUACUUGCUUAUGUAA